AUGGCUCCGAAGAUGCAGUAUGUCCGGCUCGGCAACUCGGGUCUCAAAGUCUCGAAGAUCAUCUUGGGGUGCAUGUCCUACGGCUCUCCCAACUGGCAGGGCUGGGUCUUGCCUGAAGAAGAGGCCAUCCAACACAUCAAAUUCGCGUAUGACAACGGUAUCACGUCGUUCGACACGGCGAAUGCAAUUCUCCAGCUCACGCUCUGUAACCUGCAGGUCUACUCCAACGGUCUCUCCGAGGUCAUCCUGGGAAACGCGAUCAAAAAGCUCAACCUUCCGCGCGAUGAGCUCGUGAUCAUGACCAAGGUAUACGCCCCUAUCCGCAAGAGCUACGACACCAGCCCCCACACUGCCGGCCCUCCAGAGGAAGAGGGCAUUAUCAAUCAGAAGGGUCUGAGCCGCAAGCACAUUUUCGACUCAGUUCAAGCCAGUUUGAAGCGCCUGCAGCUGGACCACAUUGAUCUUCUGCAGUGCCACCGUUUCGACUACGAUACGUCUAUCGAGGAAACCAUGCAAGCUCUGCACGACGUCGUGCAGGCGGGUUGGGUGCGAUACGUCGGUAUGAGUUCAUGCUGGGCAUACCAAUUCCACCAGAUGCAAAACUACGCCAUCACGCACAACCUUACACCAUUCAUCUCGAUGCAGAACCAUUACAGCCUCCUCUAUCGCGAGGAAGAACGCGAGAUGUUCCCCACGCUCAAGAUGUUCGGCGUCGGGUCCAUCCCCUGGUCCCCACUUGGCCGCGGCGUCCUCACGCACCCCAUAGACGUUAAGACGACGCGCUCAGGCACAGACAAGUUCCUAGGCAUGUACAACGCCGCCUGGCUCCCGGACCUCGUCGGCCGCGUCGAGGAGAUCGCGAAGAAGAAGAGCGCCAGCAUGGCUCAGAUCGCGCUUGCGUGGACGUUCGCCAAGCCGGGGGUCACAGCGCCCAUCAUCGGGACGACCAGUCUGGCGAAUCUCGAGGACAUCCUUGGGUCUUUGGAGGUCAAUCUGACUGAGGAAGAGGUCAAGUAUCUCGAAGAGCCGUACAAGCCCAUCGCGACGACCGGGCAUACUUGA